UACAGUGGCUGUAAACUGCUGGUCCUUCCAAUCAUCGACAGCUAUCCACCGAUCGUCCAUUCCCGAUUAUAUGGCCAGUAACUCUAGAUUCAUCCCCAAAAACUUCAGGCUCUUCCUAAAUACUUCCGGCUUUCGAAACAAAAGAAGAGUCUACAUACAGCUGUAGAACUUGCUGUUCCUGGAGGACGUUUCGUUGCGGUCUUAAUUCCCUCGAACGCUUCGUACUUUGUUCCGACCUUAGUUGCUUCCACUUCAUACGUCCGGUUACCUGGGAUGAAAAGUAGGUAUGCAGGCCGGUUACCUCGAACAUAUCGUAUCUUGGCCCACCAGAUCGCGCUGUGGCUGUUUUGGCAUUGCAGCAGGACCUCGGUGACGUUGCCGCUUGUAGUUGAUGCAGCCGUAUGGCGGUCAGUGUCGUGUAACUUCCAACUUAACUCCAAAAUUUUACCUUUUUCAAACUCGAACAAUUCGGGAUACACAGCCUCAGCUUCCGGCAAGGCCAGCACGUCAUGCAAGUCGCCGCGUCACCUUCGUGACUUCAGUGGCAGACUUCAUUGUCUUCCAAUUUUUACAAUGCGACAGUCUCACGUCCUCAUGACUUCGCUCGACAAAGUCAUCAGGUCUGCCCAAAUCGCUGGUAACAAGACUGCCAGUACCCCACCCCAGAUUACCAUUCGGCCUGAAGCUCUUCAUGUGGUCACCUCCAUGCAGCGACGGGAAGUCAGUCUCAAAUCCAUCCUCCCUGGCUGAAUUUAGUAGGCAUCUAAGAAACACAGACGGGCCCUCGCAGUCUUGGCCUGGCCAAACCCACACGAGCCGGUUAAGGACGUUAUCUUACUACAACCGCGCUCGC